AUGUCUUUCUUCAAGGCUGCUGCCGCCGCUGGCCUCCUCAUCGGAGCUGCCCAGGCCUCUCCCUACGCUGUCUACGGCAACGGUACUCACUACACAACAGAGGUUGUCACUGCCACCACAACCUACUGCCCCGGUCCUACCACUCUCACCUACGGUGACAAGACCUACACUGUCACUGAGGCCACCACCCUGACCGUCACCGACUGCUCUUUCACAGUCACCCACCCCGUCAAGCCCACAAAGCCUGUCCUCCCUCCCGUUGUCUACACCACCGAGGUCCUCACCGCCAUCACCACCUACUGCCCUGAGCCUACCACUCUCACCCACGGCAACAAGACCUACACCGUCACUGAGCCCACCACCUUCACCAUCACCGACUGCCCUUGCACUGUCACCAAGCCUCAGUCCGAGCACCCUUACCCCGUGCCUACCCCCGGCAAGCCUGGCAAGCCCGAGCACCCCGGUAAGCCCGGCAAGCCCGUUGUCCCCGGACCUCACCCUACCGCUCCCGCUCCCAGCAACCCCGGAAAGCCUGUCGAGCCUGAGCACUCCGCUCCUCCUGCCACCACCGGCCCCGUCCCCGUCAACCCUACCGGUACCUACCCCGUCCCUGAGGGCACCCAGCCCGCCGUUGUUACCGCUGCUGCCGGUCGCAUCGCCCCCGCUGGCAUCCUCGCCUUCAUCGGAGCCAUUGCUCUCUUCUAA